CCGCCGCCCGUGUUGUUAGCCGCGUUUGCACGCCGGCCGCAGAUAAACGUUCAACAACAACUGGCCCAACAAAUUAACCUUCAAAAUGAGCAACACUGUCCAGUUUGAGUACGAUCCCGAACGCCUCAUCGAGGAGGUGAAGAAACGCCCGGGUAUAUGGGACUUCGAGCACGUUGACUACAGAGCGAAGAAUAAAAGGCACCUUUUGUGGGCCGAGGUCGUGAGCACACUCAUGACGAGCGACGUCAAGAUUUCUAAGAGCGAGAUGCGGGAACUAGAGCUCCAACUACAGAAGAAAUGGAAAAGCAUCAGGGACUGCUUCCAGAAAUACAUCUCGCAUCCAAAUAGAACUAAACGCCCUUAUUUAUACGCCAGACAGCUGCAAUUCCUCAAGCUGAAAAUGAACAAUCCCGAAACCUCACAAGAGGUGGCGUCUAGUGAUUCGGAGGACGGACGACGUACGAAGAGAGUGUGGAAACCGAAAAAGAGAUUGAGACUCACCAGGCAGAGUUCCGAUGAUGAUAACGAUGAUAACGACGAUUACAGAUCAAACGACGACGCAGCAAUCGAAUUGCCAAUCAAAAACACUAUCAACAAACAAAUUGAUGAAUUCGCGUUCGCGAGCGUCGAUAAUAACCAAAGCAGAUGCGAACCAGAGGAUCCUGAUAAGUUGUUCCUACUAUCACUGUUACCGCAUCUCAAAUCUAUACCAGAAGAAUAUCGUCUCAACGUUAAAAUGGAAAUGAUGCAAGUACUGAGAAACGGUCAUUACCAUUCGACGAUGGAUCACAAAAUAAUGUAGGUUAUUAAGUUUUUAUGAAGCAAAAUACUCUACAAGUUUUGUAGACAUGUGAAUAAAGAUUCUUGGACUAUAAUACAAACAAAGAUUUAAAGACUGUUAUGUUUAUUCAAUUAAGUAUAUAAUUCGGCUUUAUCAAUGAGGAUGAACCGUGUUAUAUUACGAAUAAGUCGUGAUUAAAUAUUAGUUGUAUUCUUACUUAAAGUACAUACUUUGAAGUGAAAGUAUAAAUAGUCCGAUGCAUAGAUAGAAUAGAUCAGUCGGUCCGACGUCUUUUGACUGCGAUUUGAUGAAAGCAGAUUAUAUUUUGUUGAUAAUAUUAUCUUGGUUUGAAUUAUGAGGCAAAAUUAAGAAAUUGUUUAGAAAUCGAUAUAAUUACUUGACUGAUUAAAAAUUCAAGUGUUAGCCAUUCGAUUUCUGUUGUUCAAUAAAUUAAACUGCCGGGAUCGAAGGCUUAUCUUGUUUGGGCACAAAGGAUAAGUAAAUAACUAUAUCAUAUUGGUGUUCUACUAACGAAUAACCU